AUCAAAAUGGUGGGUUUAGUAUUUUCUGAACUUCAAUUUACAUCCUAUAAUCCCGAUCUUAACCGUGAACCUAACACAUUUCAGAAUAUUAAAAAAUUCAAAAUUUAACAUAGUGUACACAUUUAUCAGUUUAUUUUCGCCAUCAUAUAUAUAUUAUGGUAAUUAUAGUGAUUUGUUGCAAUGUCAAAUUUCUGUAUUAGAAUGUUGUUAUAUUAUUGGUUAGGCAUAUAUAACAGCUUAAAAGUUACAUAGUGGAACAAGAUAUGUUUAUGCUUGAAUAUAAAAUGCCUUCUUCAGCAGACAAUGCAAUAAAUAAUAAGCUACAUUAACUUUAAAACUUGGUGAACAUGUACAAGUUUUAUGUCACUAGUUAUGUCUUUCAUUUUCAAGCCUAAACAUCUUGUUCCACCAAUUAUUUACUUAACAUGGCUUGAAAGCAAUCCCUCCUACAAUAUUCUUUAAAAGUUACAUUGGGUCACAAGUAAGUCUUAAAGAUUGCAUACAAAAAAUCCUUCCCUUAGCCUUAGAUAUAGUAAAAAUGGACUGUGGAGACUGGUCUUACUCUACUUAAUAGCAGACCAGGCCUUGCAUCACCAUUGUUUAUGGACUUGUUUAGUUAAAAAUAUAUCCUAUACUAUGUCUCUACGCAGUAUGUUUUCAAAAUUUCAGUCUCUUGUUCUGCCAGAGAAGUUUCAACACAUUCUUCGUGUUAUGAACACGAAUAUAGAUGGCAGGAGAAAAAUUUCAUUUGCCAUCACUUCAAUCAGGGUAAGUCGUGUCUUGCUAAUUGUGUCUGAAAUGGACUACAAUAUUUUUUUAAAAAUAUCUGUCAAGACUUAACCAAAGUAGGUGAUGAAUACACUCCCUCCUAAGCCUGAUGGAUAAUUUUUCGUCAAAUCAGUGAAAUUUGAUUCAUGAAAGUCAUCUGCCCCCCCCCCCCCCCCCCCCCCCCCCCAACCAAAAUCAAGAUACUUCCGCAUUUUGACUUUGAAGAGCUUCAGAUUCUUGGCCUAUGUUGUUACGGUACCCUUUCGUUUGGCAAUUGCAUUUGUUUUACCAUCAGUUGCCAUUGGCCUAAAUGAAAUUGCAGAAUCUUUUGGGAAAUCGUGUGUCAAUAUUGGUGAUUUUUCCAUAUUCAGAUUGUCAGAAUUCAAAAUUUGGCCUAUCCUUUAUAUUAUAUAUUGAUGAAAAUCAGUGCUUAUUUUCAUACAAAUGUGUUUUAUUGGAGAUAUAAUUUUAUUAGUGAGCUGCAUGCAGCAAUAGUCCAUAAGCUACAGUUUACAUUUUCUAUUUAUUUGGCCCCAAUUAUCUGAAUGUUCAGUGAUGCUACUACUAAGGCUGGAGUAUGGUUUCACUUUUACUUUGGUCUAAUAUACUUUUUAAAAUGAUUUUUAAUUAUUUCAAUAUAAGUGCCUCGAAUUAUUAAUGUAAUUUCACAAAUGUUUAUUUUAUUGUAGGGUGUGGGUAGGAGAUUUGCAACUGUAGUCUGCAAGAAAGCCAAUGUGGAUAUCAGAAAAAGGGCUGGAGAGUUGACUGAAGAGGAGGUAAAGUAUAUAUAUUUGAAAAUGGUAAUAUGACAUUCAAUUUUAAUAGGACCAUUUUUUUAAAAAUGUAUUUCUCUGGCAUUCUUUUUAAAGCAGAAAAGUGAAAAUUUGUAAUUGUUUUUUUUUUACAGGUUGAACGCAUUGUAACUGUGAUGACCAAUCCAAGACAGUAUAAAAUCCCUGACUGGUUCCUCAACAGACAAAAGGAUAUUAAAGAUGGCCGUUACAGUCAAGUUCUAAGUAACGCCCUUGACAACAAGCUUCGUGAGGAUCUUGAGAGGCUAAAGAAAAUUAGAGCUCACAGAGGUCUAAGGCACUACUGGGGGUAAGUGUUAUUACAAUAUUAGGCUUCCAUAUGUUUUUCUCUUAUUUCUUUUAUAAUCCUUUUAGGUGCAUGUGUUAAUUUGACAUUAAUUAAGUGAAUAAGGCUUAAUUUUAAAGCUCUGGUAUCCAUUUAAAUUUGUAUUAAAUAAAUUGAGCUAUGUGAAAGAUAAACCCAGUUCUUGAUCAUAGUUAGGGCAUUAGUCUGACCCAAAAAUUUGGUGUAACAAAUAUCUAUACAUAAUACUACUUAAUUCAAAGCAUUAAGUGCUCAUAGUAUUGUUCCCUCCUCCCACACUUUUUUUUUUUCAUUCUUAUGUCAGUAUUGGGUUUUGUACAAGUAUUCAUGCUGUUAGGUCAUAAUAUCUUCUGAUUCCACUGCAAAUCAGAGGUAAAAGAUGGUGCAGCUAUAUAAAAAGGGUCUUCUUUCACACCUGUAGUCUCUCCUGAGACUAGGGGGUCAGAUGAAAACUACACUCUUUAUGCAGUUAACAGUAAUUUUUCUAUUUGAGAAAUGAAAUAUUACUUGUCUUUAUAGAUGUUCAUUUAUUUCUAUUUCAGUCUCCGAGUUAGAGGUCAGCACACCAAGACCACAGGUCGUAGAGGUAGAACUGUUGGUGUGGCCAAGAAGAAGUAGUCAUUUUAAACUUUGGUUUGAGAACAGAAAUAAAUGUGAAAUAUACCUAUGGAGCAUUUUUGUUUUUGUAUGAGUUAUCCUCUGUGGUGUGCAAGUUAAAAUUAAAGGGAUACAUAUGUUAAUUGUAAAAUAGUUUAUUUUUAAACACAUAAAUUUUAAGAAAAAGAAGAUAAUCUUCAAAAUGUUAUAAUUAUAAGCAUAGAAUG